GCUCCCAGCCUUGAGAAGAACACCCUGUUCCUGAGCCUGAAGACAUUGCAACAUUAAUUGAGUAAUUUAUAGUAGCGCUUUCUUCUACAAUGUCUGAAGAAGUGACUUACGCGACACUCACAUUUCAGGAUUCUGUUGGAGCAAGAAAUAACCGGGACAGAAAUAACCUAAGGAAAAGAGGGUGUCCAGCUCCUUCCCCCAUCUGGCGCCAGGCUGCCCUGAGUCUGUUAACUCUUUGUCUGAUGCUGCUGAUUGGGCUGGUGACCUUGGGGAUUAUGCUUUUGCAGACAUCUCAUGAAAUUAACUCAGAUUCAGAGAGAUUAAGUCAACUGCAAAAAACCAUCCACCAACAGCAAGAUAACUUCUCCCAGCAGCUGAGCGACUACAGGAAUUUUCCCACCGAGGAGGAGCAUCUCAAAUCCCAGAUCUCCAGUCUAUUGAAGCGGCAGGAACAGAUGGCCAUCAAGCUCUGCCAAGAGCUGAUCAUUCGCACUUCAGACCACAAAUGCAAUCCUUGCCCUAAAAUGUGGCAAUGGUACCAAAACAGCUGCUAUUAUUUUGCAACAAAUGAGGAAAAUACCUGGAUUAACAGUAGAAAUAACUGCCUGGACCAGAAUUCCACCUUGGUGAAGAUAGAUAGCUUGGAGGAAAAGGAUUUUCUGAAGUCACAGCCAUUACCCAAGUUUUCUUUCUUCUGGUUGGGCUUAUCAUGGGAUCCAUCUGGAAAGAGCUGGCUAUGGGAGGAUGGCUCCAUUCCGUCUCCAUCCUUAUUCAGCCCUAGAGAAUACACCCAGAUCAAUGGAUCCAGAGGAUGUGCCUAUUUUCAGAAAGGAAAGAUUUAUCUUUCCCGCUGCAGCGCUGAAAUUUCUUGGAUUUGUGAGAAGACAGCUACAUUAGUGAAGAUCGAAGAUCUGGAUUAAUACGCAUCUUCCGAACUCACCAAGACGUAAGGGACUUGUGAUUACGUUCAUGUGAAGAAAGAGAAGGCUACCCGACCACAGCCAAAAACAUGAAAAGAUGACUGUGUACAUAAACUAUCAGGCAAAUAAACUUCACGGAACAUCCUCUGCUUCAUCGUCUGAUGGCUUCUGAUCUGAUGUUCUGGUGACUGCUGGGGACCUCGGGAGAAUAACCACUGUAUGGCCCUGUUAUUCUAUCUCAGCAUCAUUUCACUGAAUUUCCUCCCUCAAAUAAAAGGCUCUUUUCCUGCUCUGUCAUCACA